AUGGAGUUAGAUGAUAAUGAAGUCGAUUUACCCUCACCGUCAAAAGACGGUAAUGAUCCAAAAAAUACGUCAGUGGAAUGGAUUCCUGCGUGUGAGGAUGAACUCAAACCCGUGAUUAGCAAGGUAUUUGAUACUUUAGUAGAAGGAGGUGAUUUUUAUAAAGCUUAUGCUUAUGUUGCUGGUUUUAGUGUGCGUAAUUCGACUAAAACGAAAGAUAAAGAUGGUGUCAAAUGGAAAUAUUUUCUUUGCUCAAAAGAGGGUUUUAAAGAGGAAAAAAAGGUUGACAAGCCACAACUGCUUAUUGCUGAAAAUAAUUUGUCUAAAAGUAGAAAAAGAAAAUUGACGCGGGAGGGAUGUAAAGCAAGACUUGUUUUGAAGAGAACUAUUGAUGGUAAAUAUGAAGUCUCAAACUUUUAUGAAGGUCAUUCACAUGGGCUAGUCUCACCUUCAAAGAGACAAUUCCUAAGGUCAGCAAGAAAUGUAACUAGUGUUCAUAAGAAUAUAUUGUUUUCCUGCAAUAGAGAUAAUGUGGGGACUUCAAAAAGUUAUCAAAUAAUGAAGGACCAGGUCGGAAGUUAUGAAAAUAUAGGAUGCACACAAAGAGAUUUGCAAAACUAUUCAAGAAAUUUGAAAGAAUUGAUCAAAGACUCUGAUGCAGAUAUGUUCAUUGAUAAUUUUAGAAGAAAACGAGAGAUAAACCCUUCAUUCUUCUAUGAUUAUGAAGCUGACAAUGAAGGGAAGUUGAAACAUGUGUUUUGGGCUGAUGGAAUUUGUCGAAAAAAUUACUCUUUGUUUGGAAAUGUGGUUUCAUUUGACACAACAUACCGCACAAACAAGUAUUUUAUGAUUUUUUCACCAUUCACUGGCAUAAAUCAUCAUCGUCAAAGCAUAACAUUUGGGGCUGCUCUUUUGAAAAAUGAAAAAGAAGAAUCGUUUGUUUGGUUGUUUGAGACAUUUUUGAAAGCAAUGGGGGGACAUAAACCUGUUAUGAUAAUAACAGAUCAAGAUGGGGGUAUGAAGAAUGCAAUAGGAGCGGUUUUAAAAGGGUCGUCUCAUAGAUUUUGCAUGUGCCAUAUUCUAAAAAAACUUUCAGAAAAGGUGGGUAGUUCCAUGGAUGAGAAUAGUGGUUUUAAUGAUCGUUUCAAGUCAUGUGUCUGGAACUCAGAGUCCUUGGAAGAAUUUGAUUUGGAAUGGAAUAAUAUUAUUAGUGAUUACAACUUGGAAGGAAAUGGAUGGCUUUCUACAAUGUAUGAUCUAAGAAGCAUGUGGAUACCUGCAUAUUUUAAAGAUACAUUUAUGGCUGGAAUUUUGAGAACAACCUCAAGAUCAGAGAGUGAAAAUUCAUUCUUUGGCAACUACUUGAAUCAUAACUUAACUUUAGUGGAAUUCUGGGUGCGAUUUGAUUCUGCUUUAGCAGCACAAAGACACAAAGAACUUUUUGCUGAUAAUAAUACACUUCAUUCUAAUCCAUAA